AGCAGUAUAAACUACUGUAGUGGCUGCCGACGGUGUAAGAGAGAUGGUUAAAGGAAUGGGAGCCUCUGAAUUUUCCCCCGAUAAACUGAUAAAAAAUUUAGACUCCCAACAAGGCAAGAACUUAUGCCAGACCCAUGCUGACACCACACUGUCUGUGUGCAGUAAACUCUGCUUUGCCAUUGGAGGGGCUCCUAUCCAAGUGGCUGGGAGUGCCACGGCAUUUUUCCUGCAGAUCUACUUGUUGGACAUUGCACAAAUUAACCCCUUCCAUGCUUCACUGGUGCUGUUCAUUGGGAAAGCGUGGGGGGCUGCGAAUGAUCCAAUCGUAGGCUUUUUCGUCAGCAAAAGUAAGUGGACGAAGAUUGGGAGACUGAUGCCAUGGAUGGUGGGCUGCACCCCAUUUGUCGUGGUGUCCUACUUCUACUUGUGGUUCGUUCCCCCCUUCACUUCUGGGAAAUUCAUCUGGUACCUGGGAUUCUACUGCCUUUACCAAACUCUGAUUACCUGUUUCCACGUGCCGUACUCUGCUCUCACCAUGUUCCUCAGCACAGACCAGAAGGAGCGGGAUUCUGCGACAGCCUACAGAAUGACCAUGGAAGUUCUUGGCACUUUAAUUGGAGCUGCCAUCCAGGGACAGAUAGUAGCCAGCGCCCAUGCAUCCAGGCACUGUCCACUUUACAACACAUCUAUUGAUGCCUCUGCCAAUGCUACUGAAGACUCGGAGAGCUCAAAUAGCACCCCUAGUUCAACAAUGACCCACGAUUUCCUCCGACAAGCAAAAGAAGUCUAUAUGAUAGCUGCAGGUGUCAUAGGUGCACUGUUUGUUUUAUGCACAGUGGUUUUAUUUAUGGGGGUCAAGGAAAAAGAUGACCCCUACGCUCUGAAAACUGACAAGCCAAUACCGUUCCUAAAAGGUCUACAGCUGGUGUUGAAGCAUGGACCUUACAUUAAACUGACGGCUGCAUUUCUAUUUAUAUCUGUUGCCAUUCAGAUGGUGCAGAGUAAUUUUGUUCUCUUCUGUACAUAUGCUGCUGAUCUUCGAGAUCAUUUUCAAAACAUUGUGCUCACGAUUCUAAUGUCCGCUCUUGUGAGCAUCCCGUUUUGGCAGUGGUUUCUGCAGAGGUUUGGCAAGAAGACAGCAGCAUACUGUGGCAUUUCAUGGAUCAUCCCGUUUGCAGUUAUGCUGGUUAGCAUCCCUAAUAUCAUAGUGGCUUAUGCAGUGGCUUUGUCGUCUGGUCUGAGCGUGGCAGCCUCUCUUCUUUUACCAUGGUCCAUGUUGCCUGAUGUGGUAGAUGACUUUAGAUUAAUAAAUCCACAUUCCAAGGGACAUGAAGCUAUCUUCUAUUCAUUUUAUGUGUUCUUCACAAAAUUUGCAGCUGGAGUUUCUUUGGGAGUUUCAACGCUUUGUCUUGAAUUUGCCGGCUAUGAUACAGGAGCUUGUAAACAGCCCCCCCAUGUGGCCUACAUCCUGAAGCUGCUAAUUGGAGCGGCCCCAGUAGUGUUCAUAGUGAUGGGGUUAGUCAUCCUGCUGUUAUAUCCAAUAACUGAGGAAGUCAGAAUACGGAACAAGCAAUCCCUUUCUGAGCUCAGGUAA